UUUGAAAUAGAUUUCCGCAAAGCGUUUGCAGAAAGGGUGGGAAUAGGCGGCCAUGGCGACGGAAUCGGACGGGGAAGAGGAGACAGCGACGGCCGCGGGGAAGCUGACGGGGAGUCCUCAGCUGUCGGUUGACGACGAUCUCCGUGAGAUGGCGAAGAAGGCCGCGUGGAGCGUCAGCUCUUGCAAGCCCGGGAACGGCGUCCUCUCCCUCCGCGACGAGAACCUCGAUACCUACUGGCAAUCGGAUGGAGCCCAACCCCAUCUGGUCAAUAUCCAGUUUCAGAAGAAGGUUAAGCUGCAGUUGGUUGUCCUCUAUGUGGAUUUCAAGUUGGAUGAGAGUUACACACCAAGCAAGAUCUCAAUCCGUGCUGGUGAUGGUUUCCACAACCUAAAGGAGAUAAAAACUGUGGAGCUUGUGAAGCCAGUUGGUUGGGUCCAUAUCUCUUUGUCUGGUAAUGAUCCCCGGGAAACCUUUAUUCAUACUUUUAUGCUCCAAAUUGCUGUUUUAUCCAAUCAUCUGAAUGGAAGGGACACACACAUACGUCAAGUCAAAAUAUACGGGCCUCGACCGAACCCUGUUCCCCUUCAACCAUUUCAUUUUACUUCGAAAGAAUUCAUCACUUACUCGAUCCUUCGGUAACAAUCGUCCUUAUAGAUAUGCAGGAAGUGUGGAAGAUCAGCAGUCCUUCCUGGUGUGAGCACACUGAAAAACAAGAAUUUGUUCUAACAUUUUAUCUUGAAAUUUCCAGACAUAAUUUUGUGCAAAUUUCCGAGCUUUAUCUUGGUGCAAAAGCUCAACAAGAUUCUGAACCAAUUUACAGAGACCUGUUGGGUAUUUAACUCUUUCAUUGGAUUCAACCACACGAUUUUUCAGUACAAGUUCCUGAAAACCUGAAUUGUGUAAUUCAAAUUAUACUUAUGUAGACAUUGCUUGUGGUUCCUCCUAUCACUUAAAAAGUAAUUAAUAUUCAAGCAA